CACGCUACCUAUCGAGAGAGUGUUCACUUCACGCUGGGAAUCGGUGCCACUUGUUUGCGAUCCAACCGGUCGUCUCACCUUGUCUUUCUGGCUUCCAACCAAGCUCUCACUCGGCUCCUUGUCAGGUGUCUCCUUCAACACAGAAGAGAUGUAACUCUGACAACUCACGUCGGAUUCAGCAGGAGAUAUUAUCUUCAUAUUAUCUUUCGUUUUUUAAAUCUUUUUGUGACAUUCCACAUUUCCACGGAAGAUAAGCAAUCGAGCGAUGUUGCAAGCAGUUCCUAGCACCGGGAGUUUUUGCUAUUCAUGAAUUGCUUGAGCGGGAUCGAGACAUCUAGACCCUGGAAUACUUCAUCAAGUUUUUGGAAUACGAAUUGCAUUUCAACAGGGGUUCAAGGGAUUAUUAAUCAAAUCAACUGCGAGAUAAUAUGCCUAUGAAUCAAAAUCAUUUAGUGUUGAAUGUUGAUGUAGUGACUUCUUCAGGAUUGGUAAUUAUGUGCCACUGAUGCCCAUAUUGCGCCAUUUGAUACUAUUUGAAGUAAAUUUUUUAUAAUACCGGAAGGACGUCAUUUUGGAAGAGAAGGGAACAAUUAAACAUGUGUUGUGACUGUGUGUGCCGCUUGACCAAAGAUUGCCACGCCGAAAUGGCCGAUAACCAGGACAACAGCAACGACUCUAGACGAUCCAGUCAAAAUUUUCCCGCCAGAGGAUAUAGCAGACGACACAUUUCGCUGCUGUCUGCCUGUCUCCUAGCGAUCGCUUAUAUCCUUGCCUGCCUGCCCUACCCGGCUGAGGCCAUUGGACAGAUUCGGUGGGAGUACCACGAUUAUGCCAUGUUACAUCAAGAAUUGGAUGACUUUCGCUUGCGUUGGCCCCAACUGAGCAGAGUGUACACUAUCGGAACCAGCGUAAAAGGGCGGGAGAUGUAUGUGUUGGAAAUUAGUGAUAAUCCCGGAGUCCACGAAGUCGGAGAACCAGAGAUGAAGUACAUUGCAAACAUGCACGGUAACGAGCCAAUCGGUCGAGAACUACUCAUCCACUUUGCCGAAUUCCUCUGUAUACAAUACUACAAAAAGGACUUCCGAAUACAACGACUGGUCAAUGAGACUAGGUUACAUAUCUUAUUUUCGAUGAAUCCAGACGGCUUUCAGGAAGCCUACGAGCUCUUCAAUUCAUCUCAGGGACUUUCCUUGCCGUACUAUGGACGGUCAAACGCGAAUGGAGAGGACCUCAACAGAAACUUCCCUAACCUCAACAACAUGGCGUACGAGAGCGAGCGUUUGAGCGGCAAAAAUCACCACUUUAUUCCACUCAAGUCAGAUCUCUUAAAGCUCCAACCCGAGACAGCCAAUGUCCUGCGGUGGUUAAGUGACUACCCCUUUGUGCUAUCAGCCAACCUCCACGAGGGUGAGAUGGUAGCCAACUACCCGUAUGAUACCAGCAGGAGCAGGAGAAGCUUCUACACCGCCAGUCCUGAUGAUGCCGUCUUCAAGCACUUGGCACAGACUUACGCAACCAAACAUGCCUUCAUGAGCACCAGGACCGAACCGUGCCCCUACACGGGUGCGGAGGUCUUCGCAGGGGGCAUCACGAACGGAGCGGAUUGGUACUCGAUCAGGGGAGGUAUGCAGGAUUACAACUACCUGGCAACCAAUUGUUUUGAGAUCACGGUAGAGAUCGGAUGUCUGAAGUUUCCCCCAGCGAACAGGCUAUCAAGGAUCUGGGAUGACAACAAAGAGGCACUCAUCGGAUUCAUGGAAAGGGUACACAUAGGUAUCAAAGGGAGGGUAACCGACACCAAGGAACAGCCGAUUCCAGAUGCCAUUGUCAAAGUCACCGGACCAGCCAUAAAUCAUGACAUCACAACAGCUAUUGACGGUGAUUUCUGGCGUCUCUUGAUGCCCGGUCUCUACACCAUCACCGCCACAGCUCCGGGGUACGAGCCCCAGAGCCGCGUCGCUACGGUUAAACGAAACAGGUCAACUUGGAUGACCUUUACUCUUCACAAAGAGGAACCCAAACCGGAGUGCAUCGAGGAGGAGGAGGACGAACUGGACAAUGCCAACAUCCUCUUCGAGAUCAAAGAAGCCUUUAGAGACAUGGGAUACGCCAAGAAGAAAGGAUGCGGAUCAGAACCUCCAAGAGAACAGGUCAACAGAGGACCGCUUCUUGCAACGCCUUGAGAAGUCGAAAAAACACUGACAUGAAAUUCAGUGAAUGGGACUAUGUUAUAAAAUGUAUAUUGAUAUUUUUAUAUUGAAGGUGAAAUCAAAUUAGCAUAUUAAUAAUCAUGAUAAUGUGAUUUACGUACUGGAGUUUGUUCUCCUUUAGCAGUAUUAUCUCCAUCCAUUAGAGUUUAUUUCCGUGUAACUUUUUUUUAAUUUUUUGUAAGCAGGGGCUGUCCACCUUCGAACACUAGGGACUUUUAGAUUUGCGUGGACUGAUACGUGUGACGUCCAUUUAAGGCAGUGCAUUAAAAGGACGUCGAUCGUAGCAAUCCACGUUGUCUUUGUGCGAAUCUAAAAGUCCCUACUGACAACCUCUCUCCCCCAAAGUACCUCUUAACAACUUGCGUUUUCUUGUAAUCAUUCAAUUUAUUGUGAGAUAUAAAUUAUGUACAUCGAAAUAUAUAAUGGUAAUCAUAAUCGUUACGGAUCCUUAAUUAGAUUUACUAUAUACCUAAUAGUUCAAUACCUAUUUUCGCUGAACUUGGUAAUGACAAUACAUGCUAAUGUGUGCUAGCAGUAAUCUUAUUUCUAUCACAAUUGUAAUAUCUAGUUUUUAAGGCUGCUGCUAUAUAUUUGAACUAUCCUAUAACAGCAACAGCAACAACCAACUACUACUUCUACUACUACUACUUCUACUUCUUCUACUACUGCUACUUGCAAACAUCCAUUGUACAUUACCAACGAUACCAACAUCAACAAUGAGCCGUUAACAUUUAAUAAAUGUGCAAAUGAUAUUUUGCAAUCGCAUGCUACAAGCUUAUGUAGCGGCCCUACAACAUACUAAAUGCACGGUUAUUAAUUUUCUUCAAAAAUGAGACUGAUUCUGUCUCCUAGAAUUCUUACUUCUGAAGUAAAUUUUUCAGAAGGAACCUUCGAGAAAUGGAUACACCUUCCCGGUUUACGUCCAACAUGUUGCCCUUUUUUUAAAGAUUUGGUUCAUCUUUCGUGAAUGAUAUAUAAUUUAGAUGUGUAAUUAACAAUUUAAAAUGACUACGUAUGUGAUUAAAAUGUAAGUAAGUGCGUGUAUGAUGUAUUGCACACUUUUACGGUAUUUUACGGUUUACGGGACAAAUCGAAACGAGGCUUAAGUGAUCUGUGAUCACCGUGUACAUAUAAUCAAAUGAUGAAGCUAAAUUUCUUACGGCAUACUAGUGAAAUUUUUGUAUUCAAUGCCACGAUAUACGAUAUUUGUAAAUAGAAUGAUAGCGAUUUAA